AUGAAAAUGAGACGUCACAGGGUUUUCUUGAUUUGCACGGUGGGACUGUGUGUCAUUUCCUUCCUGCAUUACUACAAGGCUCUGCACUAUGUGUCCCUGCUGAGGGAGCUGUCUGCACCCUACCCCAACAUCAAGUCCUUCAUCAUGGUCACUGGGUUCUUCUGGAAGGAGGGCAGCACCAUGUCCAGUGCAACUCCGGAGGAAGCGCCGCCGGAUGGGAAGCUGCGGGCCGCAGGAGGCCUGGAGCUGGAUACGGGACAGGAGCCCGGAGCACCACAACCUUGGAGGAGACCUGAAGAAGUGCAGCGCAGGAGCUCCGGCACCACCGAGGUUCAUAAGGCAGGUUUGGUCCCGUGGCAGCCCAGCAGCCCAGCCGACCCAAAAGCUGACUCUCAGAGAGACAGUGAAGUGAGAUCUGCUGUAAACAAACUCCAGCCGCGCCGCAUUUCUACUCCGGACCCGCUGGAACCUCUGGGUGAUCUGCACCGCCGCACACACCUGCUCCAGGAUGACCGGAGCCCGUACUUUGUGCGAACUAAAGCGGGCGCGCUGUGCUUCCGGCAGGGCACAGAGGUGGCACCGGCCAAAGACGAAACGCUAAAAGCGAAACCCAGCACUGCAGGAGUGAUCCAGCGGAGAAUUCUGCAGAAACCCGACGAGUCCAAGACUUCGGGAAAAUCAGUGGAGGAAUCGGGACUCUCUCGAGGGAAGCCAAAACGCGGAAAGAGACUAGUAAAGUGUGUUUGUCGUCCAGGAUGGCACGGUCCCUACUGCGGCGUGCCCACAAUGGUGUACCACUCCAAUCUGCCAACAAAAGAGAGGCUGACGCCUCGGGAAACUCCUCGGCGCGUGAUUAACGCCAUUAACGUAAACCACGAGUUCGACCUGCUGCACGUGCGCUUUCGGGAGCUCCUGCAGGCGGUCGAUGUGUUUCUGGUAUGCGAGUCUAACUUUACGGCGUACGGCGAGAGGCGUCCGCUCAGGUUCCUCAAUCUGCUGCUCAAUGGGACGUACGAUUACGUGCGGCACAAGAUCCUCUACGUCUUCCUGGAUCAUUUCCCAGACGGCGGCCGGCAGGACGGGUGGAUUGCAGAUGAUUACCUGCGCACCUUCCUGACCCGAAACGGGAUAUCACGGGUUGCAGGAAUGCGUCCGGAUGAUGUUUUUCUCAUCAACGAUGCUGAUGAAAUCCCGGCUCAAGAAGGAAUUCUGUUCCUUAAGCUGUUUGACGGCUGGACGGAGCCUUUCGCUAUUCACAUGCGUAAAUCUCUCUAUGGGUUUUUCUGGAAGCAGCUGGGCUCGCUGGAGGUGGUGUCCGGGUGCACCGUCGGGAUGCUGAGGGACGUUUAUGAUAAUGAUGGGAUUCGGCUGCGGAGGCGGGAAUAUUACACCAUGCCGGGGUUUCGGAAGUACGAGAACGACACCGGACACAUCCUGGUGCAGUGGUCCAUCGGGAGCCCGUUUCAUUUCGCAGGCUGGCACUGCUCCUGGUGUUUCACACCAGAGGGAAUUCACUUCAAACUCAUUUCAGCCCAAAACGGCGACUUUCCUCGCUGGGGCGAUUAUGAGGACAAACGGGACCUCAACUACAUCCGGGAGCUGAUCCGCACCGGCGGCUGGUUCGACGGCUCCGUGCAGGAGUACCCGCCCUCGGACCCUAAGGAGCACAUGUACGCCCCCAAAUACAUGUUGGAGAACUACGAUCUCUACCGAUACCUGUUGGAGAACCCGUACGCCAAACAGUCCAAACUGGGAGGUGCGUAGGGAAGAAUGAGAACGAAACACUCACUCUUUCAUUGGUCAAAACUCUCGAGUCGAUCCGUCCAAUGUCUGAGCACCUCAUGUGAACACAGAGAAACACAGCAGUUCUGUCUGGUCAAUGUUUACAUGAUCUCCAGCGCUCUGCGGUAGACGCCUCCUGUGUUCAUUGUACAUGAAUUUCUGUGUGUGUGUGUGUGUGUGUGUGUGAGAGAGAGAGAGAGCGAAUGUGUGUGUGGGUGAAUUUCAUUGGUGCACAGACUUUCUUGCUCGCACUUCAGAAUCAAAAAAAGGAAACUCAUUGCACAAAUGCCACAUUUUUUUGGGGGGGGGGGUUUGUUGACAGCUUGUAAAUUCCUCCGAACUCAAAUGUCUUUUUCUUCGGUCAGAAAAAAAAAUCUUUGUGUACCAUUGUGAGCUGUUCUGAAUGAGUUUGUGGACGAGAGAGAGAGACGGAGAGAAUCAGGGCUUUGUUUGAGCUCUGAUGGAGCAGAUAUGGGAGAGAUUGUGUUGAGCGGGAGAUUUUCACUCACACAAACAAGAUUCCUGUCUGAGAAAUCCUGACGGAAACAUCCUGAAGCUGGGGAAGAGCUGUUUUUUGUUGCUGUUAGAUAUUUAGUUUGUAAUAAUGUGAACCACCCAUGUAGUGCACACUAUUGAGGACAUGUCAGACAAGAUAAGACGAGCUCUGUUGAGUUGUAAGAUAUCAUAGGUGCAACCCAACACAAAGAUUAUCCUGAAUCAUAUGCGGCCUUGAAGGGAACCAUCUUUUUGCCAAAUUUAGAUAUUCUAAUGAAUCCUUUUCGAAAAUAAUAGCCAUGAUAUGAGAAUGCUCUUUGAUGAACUUCAUGGAAAAAUCAUAGACAAAAGUCCUGUAUGGAUGGUAAUUGUUUCUCAGGGGGAUGUUGGGAUUUUGCAGAGGCCAUAAGGUGAUUUUAUUGUCAUCGAAUCCUGUAUGUUGGUGUUUUUUCUCUCAUGACUCCUGUGAAAAAAUCCCUUGCUUAAAUAUCUAGCAAACAACAGUCAUGUGGAGAUUUAAUUGCCGUCCAAAUUCACAUCUCUGUGUGUCUGUAGGAGAUCCAUUCAAUAGUCAUCUUAUAAAUCCCUUUUGCACGGAACAGUUGCACUUCAGGGUUAUUUGCACUAGUUUGUAUUAAAAGUGGACACUUGCGUUAGUAAAGGAGUGUCCGUGAGUCCACUUCUUAUCUGAUAAAGUUGUGUUGUGUUGUGCACACACUUGAUUACUGUCCAUGCUGGUCCAGUGUGAGUUUAGCAGGAGUUUGAGAGAACUCUACAGGGGUUUUCCAUGCCAUAUCUGAGAAUCUGAAUUGUAGCAUGUGAUUGAUCAUAAGACACGUGUACUUCCACAUUUGUAGGAUUACAAAGUCAUGAAUUAAACACCAUCAGAAAGCAGGUUUUCCUUUUAUAGACAUCCCUAUGAGAAACAACUGCUUUCCAGCCUCACUGAAAUCUGAUAUAUGCAAACUAACUAUGACAAGCAAGUUCAUAUUUGGACUUUACAUAUAUAAAAUAGACUCCGACUUCUGCCAAAGGAUAGUAGGACACUGUACAAGAGGCAUCAUUGUGGAAACAAAAUAUUUCUCAGCUUUUAUUUACAUUUGAACAGAAAGUGGCAGUCAGAAUCGGCCAGGGGGUUGAAGAAUUUCAAGCUUGACUGUAUGUCAUUUGCAUAUAUUUCCAUGUAUCAGAUUUCUAUAAGUGCGAAUAGCCUUGAUUACAUUCACGAUGCUGGAAAUCAUUGCUAAUAGCAGCUGUUGUGAGCUCAGCAUUGUUCAUCAGGGUGGACUGCAUUCAGACAUGCAGAUCUCUGUGUUUUGGAAAGGAGCCACGUAGUGUUUGGUGAUCUCGGCUCUCUUGGGUUUUCAUUUCUAAGUGAAAGCAGGAAACAGUUUCUAUUAUGAAAUCCUGGGCUGGAAAUUCCCUGUGUUCAGAGGUCUGAUCAUGCGGGACGUGUGGGGAAUCACAUUUACAGCAUGAGAAAUCCUGACAGCGGCCAUUCUGUCUUCAUCUGGGGGUGUUAAAGUCCACAUCGGACCUGCAUUAGUGUCUCCACCGCCUUCAGUUCCGCUGGCUCUCAAUGAAUUGUCAAACCCUGAAUUAAAACUGCUCACUUUAGAGCACUUCACAAAACCUUUAAGUUUCAUAUAAACUCCCACAGGCGUAUGAUUACAGCAGUAGAACAGAUCAUUUCCGCUGAACAUGAUCUCAGCUAAAAACAGAUCUCCAGAUAUAGGAACUAUCUGUGCGAGGGGUUAAACUGCUGCCACUGAACCUUCACGCUGAAUUAUCUACAGCCCGCGGUUGAGGGUCAUCAAAUCAUGCAAACAAACGAUUACUCACUAGUGUGUGCUUUAAAGGGUGCUCGGCUGUGACGCCUUCGUGUGCUCUGCUCAUGUCACUGUCUGCGUCCUGCCAUUCCUACAUGUAUAAACAGCCUAAAGAUAGAGACGGAUCUCAGAGAGUGAGAGACAGGUGCUCGUGUGUUCAAUGAUCCGUUCUGCAGCUCGCUUUAGGCCUGUGAGAUCGACCCUUCCUCUGCUGUCAGGGGAUUUUGUGAUGUAUGUUUGGGCUGCUGUGAUUCAUCAAUCAAUUCUUUAGAUUUUUGAAUGCAUUGCGAUUCCCUCUGGAAUCAAUUCUGAACUUUGUUUUAACAGCAGAUGGCGCUCUAGGCUACAUUUUGGCUAGUUUUAAACAGCAGAUGUGCUUUAGACUAGUGAUGGUGCUCUUGCUCUAGGCUAUUGUUUAACAGCAGAUGGCGCUCUAGGCUACAUUUUGGCUAGUUUUAAACAGCAGAUGUGCUUUAGACUAUAGUGGUGCUCUAGGCUAUUGUUUAACAGCAGAUGGCGCUCUAGGCUAGUUUUAUAACAGCAGAUGGCGCUCUAGGCACAUGUUUAACAGCAGAUGUCGCUCUAGGUUAGUUUAUGACAGCAGAUGGCGCUCUAGGCUAGUUUUGAACAGCAGAUGGUGCUCUAGGCUGGUUUUAUAACAGCAGAUGGUGCUCUAGGCUGGUUUUGAACAGCAGAUGGCGCUCUAGGUUAGUUUAUGACAGCAGAUGGCGCUCUAGGCUAGUUUUGAACAGCAGAUGGUGCUCUAGGCACAUGUUUAACUUCAGAUAGAAUUUAGGUUAGUAUAUAACAGCAGACGAUGCUCUAGACUAGUUUUGAACAGCAGAUGGCGUUUUAGACUAGUUUUGAACAGCAGAUGGCACUCUAAGCUAGUUUUAUAAAAGCAGAUUGUGCUCUACGCUAUUUUAUAACAGCAGAUGGCGCUCUAGGCUGGUUUUAUAACAGCAGAUGGCGCUCUAGGCUGGUUUUAUAACAGCAGGUGGCGCUCUAGGCUAGUUUUAUAACAGCAGAUGGCGCUCUAGGCUGGUUUUAUAACAGCAGGUGGCGCUCUAGACUAGUUUUAUAACAGCAGAUGGCGCUCUAGGCUAGUUGUGAGCAGCAGAUGGCGCUCUAAGGAAGUUUUAUAACAGCAGGUGGCUCUGUAGGCUAGUUUUAUAACAGCAGGUGGCGCUCUAGGCUAGUUUUAUAACAGCAGAUGGCGCUCUAGGCUAGUUGUGAGCAGCAGAUGGCGUUCUAAGGUAGUUUUAUAACAGCAGAUCUGUAGGCUAGUGUUUAACAGCAGGUGACGUUUUAGGCUAGUUUGUUCUAGGCUAAUUUUUAACGUCAGACUGCAAUCUAUGCUAGUUUUAACAGUUAAAUGUAUUCGCCUAAACAUUAUCAUUAAAUCAUUAUGUUUAUUAAUGAUUGUUUUAUGUCUAAGUUUAAGAAUUGGGAGCUACUUUUUAAGCAUACAGCGCCAUCUUGUGGUAAAAAGCCCAGAAUCAGUUCAAGAGAGAAUUGCAAUGCAUUCAGAAAAUUUCAGAAUUAAUGCAGAAUCAUUCCUCAAUUCACAAUGCAUUGAUUUAUCAUCUCAGCCUUUAGUAGAUGUGCUUGAGAAGGGAUUGCAUGUCUACGAUCUGUGUGUUUGAAUCAAUUCACAUCUGCAUAUCGAGCAGUUUACAUGAGCAGAAAUAUCUCUUUAUUAACCGCCUUACGAAUGACCUCGUGACUUGACCUCCUAUGUUUGAGGCUGGAGAGCCAAACUCAUAUCUGGAAAACCACUGUGCCACAAUGUGUUUUAUAAGAACAUUUUAUAUGCUUUAUUCAGCUCUGGAUUUGUGUCACAGCAGUCGCUCUGGUGGGAUUGUGUGUUGAGUGCUUAGCUCACAAUUACUUUAGGAACGUUAAGUAAAUAUUCUAGUGUUUUUGAACAGUACUAUAGUGAAGUACUUUUGUGGUGAUUCUACAGUUGCUAUGGUAACACAACAACUAUAGCGAUCUAUCUGUUGUGGUGAUUCUACAGUUGCUAUGGUAACACAACAACUACAGUAAUUGAUCUGAUGUGGUCAUUCUACAGUUGCUAUAGUAACACAACAACGGUAGCAAUUGAUCUGUUGUGGUGAUUCUACAGUUGCUAUGGUAACACAACAACUGUAGCUAUUAAUAUGUUGAGAUUCUACAGUUUCUAUGGUAACAACAACUAUAGCGAUUAAUCUUUUGUAAUUCUACAGUUGCUAUGGUAACAACAAUUACAGCAUUCAAUCUGUUGUGAUUCUACAGUUGCUAUGGUAACACAACAACUACAGCGAUCGAUCUUUUGUGGUGAUUCUAUAGUUACUAUGGUAACACAACAACUACAGCAAUCAAUCUGUUGUGGUGAUUCUACAGUUGCUAUGGUAACACAACAACUACAGCAAUCAAUCUGUUGUGGUGAUUCUACAGUUGCUAUGGUAACACAACUAUGACGAUUGAUUUGUUGUGGUGAUUCUACAGUUGCUAUGGUAACGCAACAACCACAGCGAUUGAUCUGUUGUGGUGAUUCUACAGUUGCUAUGGUAACACAACUAUGACGAUUGAUCUGUUGUGGUGAUUCUACAGUUGCUAUGGUAUCACAACAACUAUAGGAAUAUAAACAAAUGUCCCAAUACUUUAGAUUUCCACCAGUAGAUGGUAUCUUAUACUACAAUACACCACAGUUUAGUGUAGUAAAAGUGUAAGUACUACAGUAUGUAUUACAGUUUAUCAGUCCACUAUAGUAUUGAUUCGUUAACAUAGAGUUGUAAAUACUAUCAUAUAAACUGUACCAUACACUUUACUGUAGUACAGUUCAAAAACACUGUCGUAUUUACUGUAAAUGACUAGAGUACAGUAUGACUGAAGAUGCUUCAGAUGAUAAAUCUCUCUCUCUGUUCACAAACGUUCACUGUUUUGGAACUCUUAUUGUCAUUUUUGUUGUUUGCUGUUGUAAAUGUUGUUGUUGUUUACAUUAUUUAUCUAAUUUAUUACUAUCCUGUUUCUGUGUAGAAAAGGGAAGAUCGAUCUGUUAAAGGAGAGAGAUGCUGUUCUUCUCUGACUCUGUAUGAAACAUCUCUCUCUCUCUCUUUCUCUUCAUUCUCAUCCCUCCAUCCUGUCCUCUUACUCCAUAUCAUUCAUCUUAAAUAUGAUGGUGAUGGUUAGAACUAUAUAUUUACACUAGUAUGCAAACACACACGCUGUAGUACUGUUGAACCUCAAGGGGGCGAUAGAGCUUCCUUCAUUAAAAUACUGACUUAUUAGGUCACAAUGAACAUCUUCAAUAUUGUGACAAACAGGCGGAGACUUGAUUUAAUUCAAAUUGAGAUAUUGGCGUGUAUGCAAAUGAGCAUCAGAUUGGUGGGUGGAGUUUAGGAUCAGAUUGGUGGGUGGAGUCACAAGAUGAUUGGAGAACCAUCAGAGCAGAAGUGAGUGUUUCUGGAUUUGUGGGUGUGUUUAAAUCUUGCCAUGAAAAUUAUCCUGCUUAUAAUAGUCAUGUGACGUGAGCCAAUCAGGUAACACAGUCAAAAACACUCCUCUAUGUUGGCCCCGCCCAUCAAUUUAAGGAAAAACACAGCAUAUGCAAUCUGGAAUACACUACACAUCAUUUUUGGUGCACUAUACAUCAUAGGCUUUACAAAUGGUUCAUUUGCUUGGACACACGUGACAAAUGCGAAUAUAAAUGUGCAUUAAAUUCAUGUAGUGUAUUCCAGUUCCAGUCUUCACUAAAUGCUGUAACACUGUAGCUUCAUCAUGACUGAAUGAGAAAGCUGACCACAGAUCAAGUAAUCAAUAAUCUCUCUGACUUGUGUGUGUGUUUGCAUAUUUGUGUAGACUUUGACUUGGGUUUUUUAUAUUUGUUUUGUGGGUCACCCGCAGCUCACGUGCCGUUUGUGAACGCAGGACAGGUUUAAGAGUGAAACGCAUUAAAGAAGAGCUGACAUGGACACACUGAAUAUUACGUGAGCAUAAAUACACACAGAUGACUAAAGCCUUCAGGGUGUCAUCAUCAGCUUUAUAUUCUGUUUGAAGAUGAGAUGAUGUGUGUUCAAGUGAGUCAAACAACACUCAGGACACACACACACACACACACACACACACACACGUCUGUUUUUCUCUCCUUGUGGGCUCUUCUCAUAGCUUUAAUGAUGUUUCUGGAUUUUUACAUCUUAUUAAUGCUUCAUUUUGUCUGAUUUAUAAGCUUGUUUUCUCAAUUGAAGUCCCUAUGAGUCAGCAUGAAGUCCCCACUAGGCUAUAAAAACAUGCACGCUCACACACAUGUCUGUUUUUCUCUCCUUGUGGGCUCUUCUCAUAGCUUUAAUGAUGUUUCUGCAUUUUUACAUGUUCAAAAUGCUUCAUUGUGUUUGAUUUAUAAGCUUGUUUUCUCAAUUUAAGUCCUUACGAGUCAGCUUGAAGUCCCCACUAGGAUAUAAAAACAUGACCACACACACAUGUCUGUUUUUCUCUCCUUGUGGGCUCUUCUCGAAGCUUUAAUGAUGUUUCUGGAUUUUUACAUCGUAUGAAUGCUUCAUUGUGUCUGAUUUAUAAGCUUGUUUUUAAUGAGGAGCUCAAUUUAAGUCAUAAGGAGCUUGAAGUCCCCACUAGGAUAUAAAAACAUGCACACACACAGACACACAUUUGAGGAAAUAAUAGUGAGCGUCCUGUGAUUGUCCGUCCACGAUCCGAGUCCUCCUGUGUGGUGGAACUGUUCAUCAUAUCUGCACUGCGUCUGGUGCUCUUCAAAGCGUAACUCAUUCUGUUCGUUCUGCUUUCACUAUAUUGAAGGAUUGUUUUCUGUCGUUAUAUUUUCUGCUGAUGUUAAACGUUUCUCCUCAUCAUGACGUGUUACCAUGUACGAGAUCUUCUUAUAGCACAAAGAUCAGCCUUUCAUGUCUGUCACUAUUAUUGAUGCACUGUAUGGCGUUCUGUUCAUAAUCAACCCAGUUUUAGCCCUCCUGUGAUCUGACAUUUACUGUGCUGCAGAAAACUCUCCUCCAAUCACAUUCAUCCGCCUUUAUUCUCUCCUCCAAUCGCAUUCAUCCGCCUUUAUUCUCUCCUCCAAUCACAUUCAUCCUCCUUUAUUCUCUCCUCCAAUCACAUUCAUCCCCAUUCAUCCUCCUCUCUCUCCUCCAAUAACCUUCAUUCACCUCUAAUUUUUCAGCCAAUCAUGUGCAUACUCCUCGCUUUCUCCUCCAAUAGCGUCCAUUCUACCCUCUGUCUCAUCCAAUCACAUUCAUUCCCCUCUAUUCUUUCCUCCAAUCCUGUCCAUUUUCCUCUCUCUCCUCUAAUAGCAUCCAUUCUUCUCUCUCUCUCGUCCAAUCACAUCCAUUCUUCUCUCUUUCUCCUCCAAUCACAUCCAUUAUUCUCUCUCUGUCAUCCAAUCACAUCCAUUCUCCUCUCUCUUUUCCAAUCACAUCCCUUCUCCUCUUUCUCUCCUCCAAUCAUCCAUUCUUCUCUCAUCCAUUCUCCUCUCUCCUCCAAUAGCGUCUAUUAUUCUCUCUUAAUCCUCCAAUCACAUCCAUUCUCCACUCACAUUGUGUGUGUGUGUGCAGGAGAGUUGGUCAUGCUGGUCCACAGAGGGAAUCAUUCCUCAGCUUAAUCUGCAGUGGGAUGAACAGAGUGUCAAUGGGUAAAGGAUGCGAGUGUGUGAGGAGACGAGCGUAUUUCUCUCCUGCACUGUUAUGAAGGAGUGUGUAUACAUUAAAUGAGUUUAUACGAUCCUUUUUGUUUUGUGUAUAUGAAUGGCUAUAUGUUAACCUAAAUUACAGAUAACAAAUUCUAUGACAAAAACUAUAAUAAAUUAAUUUAAAAAGCU